AUGAAGAAAGGCGGUGAAGUUACUAUUGGUUUACCUUUAGGCCCGAAAAAAACUAUAUUUACACCUAAAGAAGAAGACGAAAUAGAAGCUUAUCUGAAAUAUAUGGAAGAGCGUCUUUUUGGACUAACAACUAUCGAACUGAGACGUCUAGCAUAUCAAUUAGCAGUUAAAAAUGGAAAAGCACAUAAUUUUAAUACUGACAAGAAAAUGGCAGGUGUUGAUUGGCUCAAAGGUUUUUUAAAACGUCAUCAAAAUUUGUCAAUUCGCAAACCUGAAGCCACGUCAGCAGCUAGAGCAAUGGGAUUCAACAAAGUGGCCGUAAGUAAAUUCUAUCAGUUGCUCGGAUAUAUCUAUGAUAAGUUCGAAUUGACCCCUGACAAAAUAUAUAACUGCGAUGAAACUGGAAUUUCCGUUGUUUCUAAAACUAAAAGCAAAAUAUUAGCUAUUAAAGGACGAAAACAAAUGGGUUCGUUAUCAUCUGCUGAACGAGGACAGACUAUCACUGUAGAAAUAUGUUUUAACGCUGCUGGAAUCUACAUGCCUCCACUGAUGAUUUUUCCGAGACAACGAAUGAAACCAGAACUUUUAGAUCGUGCUCCACCAGGUACUAUAGCAGUUUGCAAUCCUCGAGGCUGGAUAACUUCAGAAAUAUUUUUGACUUGGUUCAAAAACUUCAUCAAAUUUUCCGGAGCUACUCCUACUAAUCACAUAUUGCUGCUUCUGGAUGGUCAUGUUAGUCACACUCAAAAUUUAGAAAGUGAUUGA